AGUUAAGCAGCAGCCGCUGCGCUUUGUUCUCACAGGUGGAAGGAAACGCAGAGCUCGGAAACGAUGGAGACAGAAAUACUGAAAAUAAUCUGCGCCAAUCAAGGAGCGAUAGACACCGAUGAUUUAUUAUAUAAUCUAUUUCCCGAUGAUUCCUCGAAGGUCUCGGUGAUCAUUUGUAACCGAGAGAAAUUUGCUUCGUGGUGUCCAAACGGACAGCCGAAGGUGGUGGCCAGGACCCGCCUGAGACUUUGCAGAGUCAAAGACUGCCCGGAGACAUGCAGGGAUCUGCACCUGUGCAAGAACUUCCUCUUCAGCGGCUUCUGUCAGUUCACUCUGCACAGGAGGGGCUGCGGCCUCUGCCACGAGCUGACCUCUGAUCACAACCAAAGGUGUCUGAGAGAGCAUGAGCUGGAGAGCCUGAGCCAGGAGGAGCUGUGCACACUGCUGCUGCAGAGCGACAACACGCUCCUUCCUGACAUAUGCCAUGACUACAACAACAGUAAUGGAGAGUUUAGCAAAUGUAUGGAUGGUUAUGGUUGCAAGAGGCUCCACAUCUGUGAGCGGUACGUGAACCAUGAAUGCAGCUGCUGGAAGAACCACGACUUUAAUGCUCCACAGCCGUUAAAAGCCCUGCAAGCUAGAGGCGUACCUGACACCCUCUUUCAGUCCUUGAAGGCUCUCUACUCAAAUAAACAGGCUUUGAGGCUGGCUGCAGUCAACGAGUACGGUGAACAAAGGCUGCGAGGGAGAGGUGCUUAUCAGGGCAACAGAGGUGGCCAUUGGGGCAACAGAGGCUGGAGGGGUACUAGGGGCACCAGGGGCACCAGGGGUACUAGGGGAAACAGAGGAAACAGAGGAAAUCAGAGCGGCCACCCAGUGCAGCAGCGAACCAGUUCUCUCAGUGACAUCGUUGCCAACAUCGAUGCGUUGGAUCUGUACACCAGUAAUGGACUGAAUGAGAGCGAUGGUGAAAACUCUCCCACCAGUGACGUCUCCGCCGCAACCAGCGACAAUGAUGCAAGCAGCGAACACGGUGAGAGACAGAAAUGGCAUCCGAAAAAGGUUUCAGCAGCUGUCAGAGGGAGAGGCGGCAACAGGGGCAACCAUCAGCUGCUCCAUAAAACUCGUUCCUCCAGUGACAUCCACGCUGCUGUCAGUGAUGAAGCUGUGAAAGGUCAGAACAAGAGACAAAGACCAGUCAGAGAUAAAACAGAGAUAUGCAUGUACUUCAUUAAAGGACACUGCAGACAUGAGGAUCGAUGUUUUAAAGCUCACGACAAGAUGCCAUACAGAUGGGAGGUCCAGCAGGGAGGCCAGUGGACUGCUUUGGAAGAAAACGAGACAAUUGAGAGAGACUACUGUAACCCCAGUAAAUCAUACAGCAGCACCAGCCCGGCCGUACACUUUGACACGAUGACCUGCGGACCAAACAAAGUGCGUCGACUCUCGACAGAAAACUCAGUGAUUGAGCCGACCUUCACCCACACCACCACGUGGCUUUGGUACUGGGAGGAUGAGUUUGGAAGGUGGAACAUGUAUUCAUCGGAUGCUUUUGGAGGCAAACCUGAAAACAUAAACAACAGAGAGCUGGAGAAGAAGUUCCUGGCUAACAAUAAAGCCGUGGUGGAGUUCACUGCUGGAUCGCAGUCGUAUUCACUCAGUUUCCAGGACAUGAUGGAGACAAACGAGCAUUAUGGCACUAAAAGGCUCGUGCGCAGACGGCCACGGUUUGUCGCCGCUGACGUUCUUACGAGGAAAGUCAGAAGGCCUCCGGUUCAGAGUGCUGCUACAGUACCGGACAAGUGGGACAAGACACAGAUCCCUGAAACAGGAUACUCGCGAGUCUCCCUCCAGCGCAGCGCAGGAGAGUUUAAGAAGGUUGAAGCUCUUUUCUAUGAAACCAUGAGAGGCUUCGAUAUUGUCGCCAUUGAGAGGAUUCAGAACAAAGCUCUUUGGGAAACCUUUCAGCUGCAGAAGAAUCAGAUGAAGAGCAAAAAGAAAGGUGGAAAAGUGACUGAAAAAAAGCUUUUUCACGGCACUGACUCCAAAUCUGUGGACACCAUCUGCUACAACAACUUUAACUGCAGAAGUCACGAAACCCCUUUUGGCAAAGGAAGUUACUUUGCCCGCGAUGCCAAAUACUUCCUCAGCUACACCAACGACAGUGAUGUCAGAAUCAUGUUCAUCGCACGGGUGCUGGUGGGAGACUACACCCAAGGGUCCUCCAGCUAUUGCCAACCUCCUUCCAAGGAUGGAGGGUGCAUACAUUUCUAUGAUAGCUGUGUGGAUGAUGUAAUGGAUCCCUCCAUAUUUGUGGUGUUUGACAAGCCCCAGAUCUACCCUGAGUACCUGCUACAGUACAAGGUCCCAGACACGUGUAGUGGUGUCGCAGCACCGGCACCAAAGCCAGUGGUUCCAAUAAAACCAGCUGCUCUAUCAGGUUAACAACCCAGCACGGCCUCUUCCGGGUACCAAACCAGUGGCACAAUCAACCAACCCACACCAGCAUCUCCACCCCACCCUGAAGGAAAUCGUCUGAUUCUUCUGUAAAAUUUAAUGACCACGCAAAUGUAGAUGAGCUAGUAAAAGUAUUCCAGAAAAUCAAAAACUGACCACGUGUAUUAAAGUAUUUUAGGUUUAGUUCGAAUGAUGACGAAACUUUGCUAAAAAUGCUGAACAAGUGGCACCAAGACCCCCGCCCCCGGCAGACGUUUUAGGUCAUUUGAACGUUGCCCGUCUCGCAAUCGUGACACUCUCCAAACAUCGAAUCCCCGAGAAAACACACAGGUCCUACUGUCCGUGCCUAUAGUUCUUCUUUGACCUUUACCUUCAUGUCCAGGUCGCCGAGAUUCAAACUCGUCCGAGAUUUUGAGUAGAUGCAUCUAUGGAGUGAGUUUGCACGUGCUAGAUCACAUCGUUCUCGAGUUAUCGCGUUCACGAGAAUUUUAGAAAAACUUGACCUCUCACCUCUGACCUUGACCCAAUUGGGGCAAAAAUGUAUUCAGGUGAUCUAGGGGUCACUGGCCGUGUUUCAUGCACAUUUGCUAUGAAUUGGACCAGAGGUUUUGCUGUAAUAUUGUUAACAAGCAAACAUACCAGAAACGAUACCCCACCCCCCCACCCCAGAUGUGGUGCAGGUUUCUGAAGAAUGCUUCAGAGGUGUUAAAUGAUUAAUACUUUAUGAUUUAUUGUUUUUGUUGUUUGUUGCGUUUGAUACUGAACUUUUCCACCUCGACCAAAUGUAAACUGACUUUUUUAAGCUCGAUUUCUGCAAGUUUCCAGCAUUUCCACUCACUUUGUUUUUAUGUGCAAUUUGAAGGUGUACACAAAAACAGGCUGGCACAGUCACAUUUGUCGAGGUGUUUACAGAAAGUACACAAACUUUUACACAGUCUUACUAUAACGAUCGUAGUGUAUGUAUGGAUAUAUCUCUGUAUGUACCCUAUCUCUGUAUGUCUCCACCUUAACAAGUGGACCAAUCUGAGUGAAUUUUUCCAAGAGCUGACUGUAUUGGAAGAAACACCUGAGUGCUUUCCUCACGAUUAGCUCGGAAAGUUUUAUACAUCGUCUACAUUUAGUGGUUAUCAUAAAUGCAUCAUACUGCAUGAAGUAAUGAUGAAGGCCACUGUGUCAGAUUAGGCCAUUAGAGUCAUGAAUUCUUGUAAUGACUUGGCUGAGACACAUGAUGGACCACGUGAUGGUCCCUGAUGACAGCUUUGCUGUUUCAGACAACCUUUGUGAUGUCAGCAGGGACAAACUCCUGGGAACACGGCUAUAAACAAACAGCAGCAGCAUUUAUGAUACUCGCUGCUCUGUGUUUGGAAAAGCGUGAAAAAAAAGUAAGAAAAAUAAAAGAGAAGCAUGAAGGCGAUGCUUUACAACUUUACAACUGAUGUGACAAAGUCAAAGAGUACCUAGCUGCCAUGCCUGCUGAGUCACCUUAAAUGCUUCUCCUGUUCGGAUGCUCACCAGGCUGAGCAGGUGACUCACAUUUCAUAAGGCUGUUGCAGAGGCCUGGAUUCAAAUCUGCCCCUGUGGCUUUUGCUGCAUAUCUUCCCUAGCUUUAUUGUGGAAAUGUUGCUCUAGUGCUCUAGUGUUUGGAAAGCCUGUGUGUUUGCACACUCACAGUGUGUUUGUGUUUGCACUCCCCUAAUUGAUGUGGCACCGCUUUGUCAUCAGCUAUGAUGAUAACUUCUGAUGAAUUCUCGGGGAGAUGGUCGCUGUGUUGGAUCUUCUGGUGCAGCCAACACUCGUUCGUGCCUGCUCGCUCCGUGUGGCAGUCUGUUGGUUCACAGUCUGACCACAAAUGCAGGAAAAAAGUUGAUAAAAAGCCAAAUUUGGUGUUAGAAGAUAGCUGGUGGUUUGGCUAUUACAUUCUGUAUAUUGCAUUCCUCUUUAGCUCUACUUAUAGACUUCGAUGCUAAAAGCAUACCUGGACAGAAUAAAAAACCCAAUAGAACCCUCUGUGAUGGAUUGACCUCCUCGUAGCUGAAUCUCAACAUUACUGAAGCAGUGUGGGAUCAUCAGAGAACAGAACAAAAGGCAAAAACAUCCAAAGAAGAGCUUUGAAUGUCCUUCAGGAACCCUGGAGAACUAUUUCUGAAGAAAUGGCAAAGCUGCCUCAGAGAUUUCAGACUGUGCUGAAUAAAGGUGGUCAUAACAAAAACUGACUUUCAAGCUUGUUAGAUUUGUUUAUAUAUGGUUGCACAUAAAUCAUAUAUUUCCUGUUUUCCUAGCAAAAUACAAAGAAAUGAAGGUUGGCUCAAGACUUCUGCACAGUACUGUACUAGCUUUACAAUGUUUAGGGGUUGAAAAUGAUCCGUGUGGACUGCUUAUAUGUGCUUGUAUCUUGUUGACUAAAUCCACAAAGAGCAGUGAAUAUUAGCGCAGUAGCACAGCUCAGCUGAUCACAGUCUGUACACAAAAAUCUGCUCACAAAACAAUUUAUUAUGUGACUUGUUUCUAAGUUAUUUUUUUCUCCCAUGCUGCACUGCUACACCCAGUUUUAGGGUUCAACCACCUGCCAAAUCCCACUUUAACCCCUGGUUCCGCUCAGUGUCGCAGCUUUGCUUAGAUUACAACUUUUAUUUCUACACUUUGCAUGUCUGUGUAUUUUAACAGAGUGGCAUAUUUAAACCAAUAAAAUAUCUUUGCAUUCCUGA